AUGGAACGACUUCAGCACAAGCUGCAGUUUUCCAUGGUCAGAAGGUUGCAGUGCCUCGAGGAAGGUGUGGCGUCCGCUUGGUUCGCCUGCGAAUUGUUCUUUGUCUGCGAUCGUGUAGGCGUGUCGCCGCUGUUAGAGAAGUGCAACUGGCUCGAGACGUACGACCUCGGCUCGAGGAGGUGCCUGCCACUGAGGAACCCGGAUGAGGAAACUGUGGAGAAAGGCUUCAGGAGUUUCCCAUGCAAACCCUGGCCAGGGACGAAUGAAAAAUAUUGGCUCACAAUGCUGAAAGUUUUGAAACCACCAUCUGAAGCUGAAACAGACAGUAAAUGGCUUUGGAUUUGGACGUAGCAACAACUUCAACGCGGAGCUAAUGGAGAUCCUAAGACGAAAUCGGCGUGUAAUGGUCUACUGAAUAUAUAUUCAUAUAUAACCUGCAUCACUUUAAAUUUUGAC